AGGUAGGACGGAAGGGAGCAAGGGAUGGAUACCGUAGCGACGCACAUCUCCAGGGCUCUUGGGGUGCCAGGGCAGGAGGAGGAGGGUGUGAACGAGCCCUUGUGCGCAGACAACCAGCAGAGGCUUCAGGGUCGAGGUAUCGCCAAGGAAAACUCCAUCAGCGCCUUGGUGGAGAACCCCAGGAACCCUUCCAAGGUUCUCUCCGCGUGCCUCUCCCUCCUCUUCGUCGUCAUCGCCGUCCUCGUCUUCGCCGCCUCCGCGAAGAUGGCGAUUGAUCCAGGGACCGCGGAGGUCAGCCACAAGCAGAUGCAUGCGAUAGAGAAGAAGAUCAAACGACAAAUCAAGUCAAGCAUGAAGAGCUCUCUCGUCCUCCAGCGCAAGGAUCAGGCGGCCAAGGAGAGCGACGUGGAUGGCAAGGAGAUGGAGAAACUGAGAAAGCAAGUGAAGGACCUCCAGCGACAGAUUCACUCGCUCGUCUCUGAGCAGAAACAAGAGAGCGUCAUAGUUCCGGAGGCUAUCGUGCAGUCUCCGAGAGGUUACCCUGGUUCGAGUGAAAUCCAACCGAGAUUCGUUAUUGGACCCUCAAGGAUUGUCACCCCCAACUCGCGCAUGGCGGGCUUCUUCUACCCCAGCAGCAGACAGCAGAUCCCCCAGCCUCCCGCUAGCCUACCGGCCGCCAGCACUUCAGCCGGGUCGCGAGCGCGCGAGGUAU